CUUGAGAUGUGGGCCGAGAAAUGAGUCCAUGACUUUCGUGUUCGCCUGUCAACAGCAAUUGAGAAGUGACGCAGGCAACAGCGGAGACAGGAGCACUGGCACGGAGCAGAACAAGCUUCUCACCAGACAAUUGCAACAGGAAGCGCGGAAGGAAAGGCUCUUUCACCCGGAGGAAGACUGGCAAACUCUUUGGGAUUGUGACAAGACAGCCUCACAGUAGCUCCAGAGACCAGCCAUUCUCCAACAAGGACUGCAAGAUGAACAGCACCCUGUCGAACACCUCCGUCAAAUGUGUCCGAGACACCAGCAUAACAGCAGUGGUUUUCCCCUGUUUGUACAGCAUACUCUUCAUAGUUGCUCUGAUACUGAAUUGCCUGGCUGCAUGGAUCUUCUUCAGCGUCCCCAGCACCUCAACAUUUGUGGUCUUUCUAAAAAAUGUGGUGGUAGCUGACCUGCUGAUGACUUUGACCAUCCCUCUGAGAGUCUUAAGUGACGCGGGCGUGGGCUCCUGGCGUCUGCGCGCCUUCCACUGCCGAUACUCUGCGGUUCUCUUCUACAUCACCAUGUACAUCAGCAUCCUCCUGCUGGGUCUGAUCAGCCUGGACCGCUACCUGAAAAUAGUCCGGCCCUUUGGGAAAAGUGCUCUGCAGCGGGUCCGAGUUGGUCAGGUGCUGAGUGCUGCUGUCUGGGUGGUGAUGUUAUCUUUGGCACUGCCCAACGUUAUCCUCAGUGACAAACCACCACGGGUCUCUGGAGGCAAACUGAAGUGCUCGUCCAUGAAGAGCGAAGCAGGGCUGAUGUGGCAUGAAGGAUUCAACUACUUCUGUCAGGUGGUUUUUUGGGGUACUCUGGCCUUGAUGGUGUUUUGCUACACAUUCAUCAGCAAGAAGGUUUAUGAGUCAUACAAAGCCUCAAAGAGCAGAUGUCACGCAGCCAGACGCAGAACCAAAGCAAAAGUCUUUGUGGUGGUGGGGGUGUUUUUCAUCUGCUUCGCCCCCUUCCACUUCGCCCGUGUUCCCUACACUCUGACCCAAACCGGCGACUUAGUGACUCACUGCCAAGUACUCUACAUUGCCAAGGAAACCACCUUGUGGCUGUCAGCCACGAAUGUAUGUCUGGAUCCGCUUAUUUAUGUGUUCCUGUGCAAGGUAUUUAGGAAAAGACUGACCGCUACGCUCUGUCGUAAGCCGUUCAACAAAGGUGCCACGGAAUCUCCAACAGCAACAUCAACUCAGCUGGAAAUGUCACAGCUGGCCAACAAUAACAAAGUGUCAAGUAAUGGGAUGUCACAGUAAAACAAUGGACAGUGGACAAUGGAACACAACUGUUAUGGUCUAGGCAAGAUGGGACAUGUGUUACUAUACUUGUAAAUAGCAAUUUAUCUUGAAAAAAAAGGUUGUAUAAAUUUAACGCAUGUGACCAAAAUCUGUUAAAUUUAAAAACUGUGGGAAGUCGGGCAGUCGAUGAUGAAGUUUCAUUCCAGUAAUGACUGUUUUUAAUACUGUGCUAACCAAGCACUUCUGCCACUUGUUUGCUAAGUCAUUUCCUUAAUUGUGCUUAUUGUCAUUUUCCACUUCCUACUCUCUAAUCUUGCUCAAACUGCACUUUCCCCUCACAGAACUUUGGCCAAAGGGUGAACAUGUUGACAGCUCAUAUUCCCCAAUGAUUAUACAGCAAGCAAAAUGUGACCAGGCACUGAAUGAUAACAAGAUGAGCAGAAAAGACUGCAAUAGAUGCAUGCUUACAGCUGUAGGCUGACCUUCUGUCCAAUAAAUACAUAUAUAACUAUACUAAUAAUAAAAUAAUAUUUUUCAUACUACAA